CAUUCCACCCGCCCUCCUCCGACCACCUUCAUUCUGCUAGGGGAAGGGCGAUUUUAUGUCGACUUCCGCGCCUAACGUCACCCAUAAAGGGGGCUGUCACUGCCGCAAAGUGCGCUUUGAGGUAGACGCGCCGUCGGAGUUAUUUGUCUUAGACUGCAACUGCUCAAUAUGCGCUAUGAAGCGUAACACGCACUUCAUCGUGCCAAAAGGCAAGUUUCGCCUACUUCCCAGUAGCGAGGAGUGGCUUAGCGAGUAUCAGUUCGGGACGCGGGUGGCCCGGCAUCUCUUCUGCCGGGCGUGCGGCGUCUGCUCCUUCUACGUGCCGCGCUCCAACCCCGACGGCGUCGCCAUCACCGUGCACUGCCUCGACCCAGGCACCGUAACGCAUGUGGUAACCCGAUCGUUCGACGGGCAGCACUGGGAAGAGGCCUAUCGGGCCUCGGGAAUCGCUGCGCACUCCGACAGCGGCGGGACCUGAGGGUGGCGCGACCUGGCUGGUCGUGCGGCCUGAUCCAGCGCGAGCACACAGGGAGCAAUGUACAUAGCUGCGUGCGCGGCGUAUUAUUAGAGCCUCUAGUGGAGUGCAUGCCGAGGCGUGGAGUAGGCAGAAUGGACGGUGGAAGCUGGAGCUGGAAUUGGUUAUGCGUUGUGUUAUCAAAUGGCUUCUCAAAAUGGGCAGGAGCUUGCUUUUGUACUGCCUUGCCAUGAUUUAACAAGUUAGCAUUGUUCUUAUUGUAUGCGUUUACUUAACGUCAUAUUUUGUAGUGCAUCGUUAUUACACUACUUAGG